AGGAAGUUCAUCAGACACAGCCUUGCACACACUGGUUCAGGAAACCAUGAGAGCCAGGAGUGUGAGAAAAGCCUCCCUGGGAAGGGUGACUUUGACUAAGACACUUACUCAUUCUGCUGAAAGAAAUCAUGAUUGUGCAGUUUGUGGGAAAAGAUUUAAUCGGAAGAGUCACCUCAAUGCACACAUCCUUACACACACUGGUGAGAGAAAUCAUGAAUGUGAAGUUUGUGGGAAAAGAUUUAAUCGGAAGGGUCACCUCAACAGACACAUCCUUACACACACUGGUGAGAGAAAUCAUGAAUGUGAAGUUUGUGGAAAAAAAUUUAAUCGGAAGAGUACUCUCAACAGACACAUCCUUACACACACUGGUGAAAGAAAUCAUGAAUGUGAAGUUUGUGGGAAAAGAUUUAAUCUGAAGAGUCACCUCAACACACACAUCCUUACACACACUGGUGAGAGAAAUCAUGAAUGUGAAGUUUGUGGGAAAAGAUUUAAUCAGAAGAGUCACCUCAACACACACAUCCUUACACACACUGGUGAGAGAAAUCAUGAAUGUGAAGUUUGUGGGAAAAGAUUUAAUCGGAAGAGUCACCUCAACACACACAUCCUUACACACACUGGUGAGAGAAAUCAUGAAUGUGAAGUUUGUGGGAAAAAAUUUAAUCGGAAGAGUCACCUCAACACACACAUCCUUACACACACUGGUGAGAGAAAUCAUGAAUGUGAAGUUUGUGGGAAAAAAUUUAAUCGGAAGAGUUGCCUCAACACACACAUCCUUACACACACUGGUGAAAGAAAUCAUGAAUGUGAAGUUUGUGGGAAAAAAUUUAAUCGGAAGAGUCACCUCAACACACACAUCCUUACACACACUGGUGAGAGAAAUCAUGAAUGUGAAGUUUGUGGGAAAAAAUUCUGUUUAAGGUCAUACCUGAAGAGACAUAGCAUAAGACACACUGGUCACAAAGGGUUCAAAUGUGAUGGUUGUGGAAAGCGUUUCAUGACCAGAGCUGAGAUUACCAGACAUGUGAAGAUUCACCUCUGA